AGUUGUGAGGUUCUGUGAGUUCCUUCAAAAUUCACAGAACCUUGAGCUAUAAUUUAUGUGGAUAAAGUGAUUACUGGGAUUUAACUAUUAUAAAUUAGAUAUAUUCAAAUGUUUUAAGGAGUAUGUUUUAUAAAACAACAUGUUUUUCAUUCAUUACUUAUAUAUUGAUCCCAGAAAUUGUGUGCCUGCAAAUUGUCAAGUUGGGUUGAUGCUUCAGAAAAGGAAAGUAGAGGUUGAGUCUUCUUAGUAUAGCAGUGCAUUUUUUAGAGCAGUGUUUGAGGCAAAUUAUUGUUUUAGCAAAAUUACAUGGCUUCUAGGGAUUAGAUUGCAUGAGUCUGUCUCUUGUUCCUCCCUCAUUCUACUGUAAGUGGCCAGGCUGCUAUAGUUAACAGAAUGCCAGACAUAAUGCCUAGGGCAUAGUUUGAGACCUGGGAAGAUUCACAGUAAUCAAACACAAACAGACAGAGUAGCAUGAAGAAAUUUCAAUCCUCCCAGUCUUGCUUACAGACUUAAUUAGGCUUAUUGGGGCAGAAAAUAUUUUUCCUCCCCCCAUGUUUUAAAUCUGUUUCUCCUUUACUCCCACCUCCUGUCCCAGAUUUUCUUUGAAGGGGUAAUACUACCAACAAAAGAUUUUUUUUUUUUUUUUUUUUUGGUAAAUCCUAACUUAUUUGGUUUAUCUGGCUUUACGAAAAGGAGCAGUAACAACAACUGAAUUUUAAGGUAUUUGAGGGACUCCAUUUUUUGGCACUGUAUUUGGGAAAUUCCCAAUUUAAAAAUCAUACUGUAUUCAAGAAGAAAAUUAGGGGUUUUUUUGUGGCUUUAUAAUUGAAUCUUUUUUGCAAGUAUUUUUAAUUUUAUGGGAGCUAUUUGGCCUGUUCUGCUAAAGAAUUAGCCAAAUCCUUGCUUUAUAUUAUGUAUAUUUUCCUGAGUGUUAUUCUAGGGAAAUGUACAUGGAUGCUGUUCUCUGUCUUUCCAUUAGCAGCGCAGUGUUGGGCUUUGGAUGGUGAUGGUAGAUGAUUGGGGGUGGGAGAAGAGGUGGGGUUUCUUCUUACCAUCCCUCUUGUGGUCAGUAAAAUCAUCUGACAAAUGCCUUUCCAAGGAUAUUGAAUGUAUAUGUAAAGAAAAAGCUUAGGAUUGCUAAGGGAGUGGUAUUUUGGUGAGGAUUUCAUUUUCUUCUACUCCAUGGAAACGAGCCUUUUGAGCUUUUGCUUGUCUGCUGAUUUGUCCGGUGAUCCAGCUGCAAAUACAGGAACCAAGGGAUGAACGUGAAAAGAAGUAGUGUAAAAUGCUGAAGAUCUUUUUGGUUUUCUCUUGAAAGUAUUUUUCAUGGUUUCCCCUCAAAAAACCUAUAAGGCAUGGAAGUAUUUUGAACCGAGAGUCACCAACAGAUAAGAAGCAGAAAGUUGAGCGCAUUGCAUCACAUGAUUUUGACCCCACAGAUAGCUCCUCCAAGAAGACAAAGUCUAGUUCAGAGGAGAGUAGAUCCGAGAUAUAUGGUCUUGUUCAACGUUGCGUAGUCAUCCAGAAAGAUGACAAUGGAUUUGGGCUGACGGUCAGUGGAGACAAUCCAGUCUUCGUACAGUCUGUCAAAGAAGAUGGAGCAGCCAUGCGGGCUGGAGUACAGACAGGUGAUCGAAUCAUCAAGGUGAAUGGAACGCUGGUGACUCAUUCAAAUCAUCUGGAGGUGGUGAAGCUAAUCAGAUCUGGUUCCUAUGUAGCUCUCACUGUUCAGGGACGCCCACCUGGGUCGCCCCAGAUUCCACUUGCCGACUCUGAAGUAGAGCCAUCAGUCAUUGGACAUAUGUCUCCCAUCAUGACAUCUCCUCAUUCACCUGGAGCAUCUGGGAAUAUGGAGAGAAUCACUAGUCCUGUGCUCAUGGGGGAGGAAAACAAUGUGGUUCAUAACCAGAAAGUAGAAAUUCUGAGAAAAAUGUUACAGAAAGAACAGGAACGGCUACAGUUAUUGCAGGAAGAUUACAACCGAACACCUGCCCAAAGAUUGCUAAAAGAGAUCCAAGAGGCCAAGAAACACAUUCCUCAGCUGCAAGAGCAGUUAUCCAAAGCCACAGGCUCUGCUCAGGAUGGAGCUGUAGUUACACCCUCCAGACCUUUAGGUGACACCCUAACAGUCAGUGAGGCAGAAACAGAUCCUGGAGAUGGCCUGGGCAGGACUGACUGUAGCAGUGGAGAUGCUUCUCGGCCCAGUAGUGACAAUGCAGAUAGUCCCAAGAGUGGCCCCAAAGAGAGGAUUUAUCUAGAGGAAAACCCAGAGAAAAGUGAAACAAUUCAGGACACUGACACUCAAUCACUUGUCGGAAGUCCCUCAACCCGUAUAGCACCUCAUAUUAUUGGAGCAGAAGAUGAUGAUUUUGGUACUGAACAUGAACAGAUCAAUGGACAGUGCAGCUGUUUCCAGAGCAUUGAAUUACUAAAAUCUCGCCCGGCUCAUUUGGCUGUUUUCUUACACCAUGUAGUUUCACAAUUUGACCCUGCAACUUUGCUCUGUUAUCUCUAUUCAGACUUGUAUAAACAUACCAAUUCCAAGGAAACUCGUCGCAUCUUCCUUGAGUUUCAUCAGUUCUUUCUAGAUCGAUCAGCACACCUGAAAGUUUCUGUUCCUGAUGAAAUAUCUGCAGAUCUAGAAAAGAGAAGACCUGAACUCAUUCCUGAGGAUCUGCAUCGCCACUAUAUCCAAACUAUGCAAGAACGAGUCCAUCCAGAGGUUCAAAGGCACUUAGAAGAUUUUCGGCAGAAACGUAGUAUGGGACUGACCUUGGCUGAAAGCGAGCUGACUAAACUUGAUGCAGAGCGAGACAAGGACCGGUUGACUUUGGAGAAGGAGCGGACAUGUGCAGAACAGAUUGUUGCCAAAAUUGAAGAAGUAUUGAUGACUGCUCAGGCUGUAGAGGAAGAUAAGAGUUCCACCAUGCAGUAUGUUAUUCUCAUGUAUAUGAAGCAUUUGGGAGUAAAAGUGAAAGAGCCUCGAAAUUUGGAGCACAAACGGGGUCGUAUUGGAUUUCUUCCCAAAAUCAAGCAAAGUAUGAAGAAAGAUAAAGAAGGGGAAGAAAAAGGGAAGCGAAGAGGAUUCCCCAGCAUCCUGGGACCCCCACGGAGACCAAGCCGUCAUGACAACAGUGCAAUUGGCAGAGCCAUGGAACUACAGAAGGCGCGCCACCCUAAGCACUUAUCCACACCCUCAUCUGUGAGUCCUGAACCUCAGGACUCUGCCAAGGUGCGUCAGAGUGGGUUAGCAAAUGAAGGAACAGACGCUGGAUACCUGCCUGCCAAUUCCGUGUCUUCUGUGGCUUCAGGGGCCUCUUUUUCCCAGGAAGGAGGGAAAGAGAAUGAUACAGGAUCAAAGCAAGUUGGAGAAACACCAGCACCUGGAGACACCUUAGAUGGCACACCUCGUACUCUCAAUACUGUCUUUGAUUUCCCACCACCUCCAUUAGACCAAGUGCAGGAGGAGGAAUGUGAAGUAGAGAGGGUGACUGAACAUGGGACACCAAAGCCCUUUCGAAAGUUUGACAGUGUAGCUUUUGGAGAAAGUCAAAGUGAGGAUGAACAAUUUGAAAACGACUUAGAGACAGAUCCACCCAACUGGCAGCAGCUUGUUAGUCGAGAAGUGUUAUUGGGACUAAAACCUUGUGAGAUCAAAAGACAGGAAGUGAUUAAUGAAUUGUUCUACACUGAAAGAGCUCAUGUUCGAACACUGAAGGUUCUUGAUCAAGUGUUCUAUCAGCGAGUGUCCAGAGAAGGAAUUCUGUCACCCUCAGAGCUACGGAAAAUUUUUUCAAACUUGGAAGAUAUUCUUCAACUUCAUAUUGGAUUGAAUGAACAAAUGAAGGCUGUUCGAAAGAGAAAUGAGACCUCUGUUAUCGAUCAGAUUGGGGAAGAUUUGCUGACAUGGUUCAGUGGACCAGGAGAGGAGAAAUUGAAACAUGCUGCUGCUACCUUUUGCAGUAACCAACCUUUCGCCCUGGAAAUGAUCAAGUCUCGUCAGAAAAAGGAUUCUCGAUUUCAGACUUUUGUGCAAGAUGCUGAAAGUAAUCCACUGUGUCGUCGUCUUCAACUGAAGGAUAUUAUUCCCACUCAAAUGCAAAGGCUUACUAAGUACCCACUUCUAUUGGAUAAUAUUGGCAAAUACACAGAAUGGCCAACAGAAAGGGAGAAGGUGAAGAAAGCUGCAGAUCACUGUCGUCAGAUCUUAAAUUAUGUAAAUCAGGCUGUCAAGGAGGCAGAAAACAAGCAGCGCCUCGAAGAUUAUCAGCGUCGCCUUGAUACCUCCAGCCUGAAGUUGUCAGAGUACCCAAAUGUUGAAGAGCUCAGGAAUUUGGAUUUAACAAAAAGGAAGAUGAUUCAUGAAGGACCAUUGGUUUGGAAGGUGAAUAGAGAUAAAACUAUUGAUUUAUACACAUUGCUGCUGGAAGACAUUCUUGUAUUGUUACAAAAGCAGGAUGAUAGACUGGUGUUAAGGUGUCAUAGUAAGAUUCUGGCAUCUACAGCUGAUAGCAAACAUACGUUUAGCCCUGUCAUUAAGUUGAGUACAGUGUUGGUUCGACAAGUGGCAACAGAUAACAAAGCUUUAUUCGUCAUCUCCAUGUCAGACAAUGGAGCUCAGAUUUAUGAACUGGUGGCACAGACAGUUUCUGAAAAGACUGUCUGGCAGGACCUAAUCUGUCGGAUGGCUGCAUCAGUGAAGGAGCAAUCCACAAAGCCAAUUCCAUUACCCCAGUCAACACCUGGCGAAGGAGAUAAUGAUGAAGAAGAUCCUUCAAAAUUAAAAGAGGAACAGCAUGGCAUUUCAGUCACUGGUUUGCAGAGUCCAGACAGAGAUUUGGGAUUAGAAGCUACCUUAAUAUCAUCAAAACCUCAGUCUCAUUCACUGAGUACUUCUGGGAAAUCAGAGGUACGUGAUCUCUUUGUGGCUGAGAGACAGUUUGCAAAGGAACAACAUACAGAUGGGACACUAAAGGAAGUUGGAGAAGAUUAUCAAAUCACAAUCCCAGAUUCACACCUGCCUGUCUCAGAAGAACGAUGGGCAUUGGAUGCACUAAGAAAUUUGGGUUUGUUGAAGCAGUUGCUGGUGCAGCAGCUCGGUUUGACUGAGAAGAGUGCUCAGGAAGACUGGCAACAUUUCCCAAGAUAUAGGACAGCCUCUCAGGGGCCACAGACGGACAGUGUCAUCCAGAACUCUGAAAAUAUUAAGGCCUAUCAUUCUGGUGAAGGACAUAUGCCCUUUAGAACUGGAACUGGUGACAUUGCAACUUGUUACAGUCCUCGGACUUCAACUGAAUCUUCCGCUCCACGGGAUUCAGUGGGACUGGCACCCCAGGAUAGCCAGGCAAGUAACAUUUUAGUAAUGGACCACAUGAUUAUGACCCCAGAGAUGCCUACCAUGGAGCCAGAAGGGGGUCUUGAUGACAGUGGAGAGCACUUUUUUGAUGCCCGUGAAGCACAUAGUGAUGAGAAUCCAUCAGAAGGUGAUGGAGCAGUUAACAAGGAAGAGAAGGAUGUUAAUUUACGCAUCUCAGGAAACUAUUUGAUCCUUGAUGGCUAUGACCCAGUGCAGGAGAGUUCCACAGAUGAGGAGGUUGCGUCCUCACUUACCCUGCAGCCCAUGACAGGCAUCCCUGCUAUGGAAUCCCCCCACCAGCAGCAACAUUCUCCUCAGAACACUCACUCUGAUGGGGCAGUUUCACCAUUCACCCCUGAAUUUCUGGUCCAGCAGCGCUGGGGAGCUAUGGAGGAUUCCUGUUUUGAGAUCCAGAGUCCCUCCUCUUGUGCAGAUUCGCAGAGCCAGAUCAUGGAGUACAUUCAUAAGAUAGAGGCUGACCUUGAACACUUAAAGAAGGUGGAGGAAAGUUACACCAUUCUUUGCCAAAGGCUGGCUGGAUCAGCCCUCACAGACAAGCACUCAGAUAAAAGUUAGAGCCACAUGUCCUGGAGGUGACUGCAGGUUGUUGGAUUUGGAGUAUCGGCCAUGUCUCACCACAUCCUGGCUCCAGUGUGGAUGCAGAGAGAGUGUGACAGAGGAUCUGCCUGUGAACCACCUGGGAUUAGCCAUGUCCCAAGGUGCCCAGAGUGGGACUAGUUCUUCACAGCGUGGCAGCUGCACUAAUCUGUUAGUGAGGGAACAUCCAUUCCCUCACUCUACUCUCCUCACUAUCGGAAAUUCAUUUUGAUUCAGAAUAAAAACCAAAUGUAUAGAGCUUUGGGUGUAGGAUAUGAAAUUGUACUUAGAUUUAAGAAAAAGAGAAAAUCAGAUGUAUUUAUUUGACUUCAUUCCGUAUUUGAAAGCACAUUUUAAUUUUUAUUUGCCUUGUUUUGUUUUAAUUGAGUAGUGAGAGUUUUAGCCCUUUGUCUUUAGUACACCCAAGGAUCGACUGCUCCUGAAGCAAAGAGUUCAGGAUGGGGUAUGCGCAAGUUGGGUAGAGAGGUGAAGAAGAGAAGGAAGUGAGAAGGGGAAGGGAGAAGCACCUUGCUUCACUAAACUGUAUUCCAAGCUCCCUGCUGUCCGGUAGGCUGCUUCUCUGAGGGUCACCUCAAAGGUGUGCUAUGCCCUGUGGCUCUUACGUGCCCGGGUGGUGUGGUCAGAGAGUGGAUGGGCUUCCUCCCACCCUGAGGCAAGCACCUCUUCUCUGUAGCUGGGAUCAACCACAAUUAACAGGAAUCCUCAAUGUACUAAAUAGCAGGCACUUGAAAAUGGGUGUGUUUUCUUCCAUUGUCGUCUUUUCUAUUGAGAGUUGGGAUUUGGGUGGGAGAGGAAAGCAAAUUUUAUUUUCUUGACUAUAAAUUUGUUAUUCUUGGUAUCAUUUCAUUUUUAUAAUUAUACAUUAGACAUUGGCACUUGUGUAAAACUGUCCCUGCAGAUUGAGCAGGAAGUAAAAACAUGGAAAUGCUUCGGAUAGUGGCAGGGGUGGGAGUUGCUAAGGAAGGGGUGGGAUGGGAGUGGGUAAAGAGUUUGGGAAGGUUAUCUAACUGAAUCACUACUGAGUUGAAUCAUGGCUAUCAUUAGCCACGGGUACUGCUGAUUAUAAGGCCAGUAAAAUUUUAGUACCUGGAGGUUUGACUCUAAUUUUUGCACUGAUGGUGCCAAAGGGCCCUGAGUCAAAAGGAGAGCCAAGGGUGGAGUGGAGAAAGAUAUGGUGAAGGCAGAACUGCUCGCACCAGCUCCAGAAGCACUUCCUCUGACUUCACUGCUACAGCUCUUUCCACACUGGGCCAUGAUUGACCUUAAAAAUUGCAGACCAUCACAUACACUGGACACUGCAGGCAAGGUGUUGGUAACUGCCUGCUCUAGGAUGAACAGUAGCAUUAGCAGCACCCUACAGAGGAUGUUUCAGAAUCGUAAUUUGAGAACUCCUUCAAUCAUAUUGACUUUCUUUGGUUUUCCUUGUGCAUUAGGUAUAUAUGUUUUGAAGUAUUUUUGCCAACUAAAAUGAAGUCUGUAAAUUCUGUUAAUAAACAAGGAGUUCAUCCAUUGCUCACAUCUUUCAUUGGUGCCCUCUGAACUCUGUGGGUUGCCAGGAUGUAAUUUUAAUGCUUCCCUGCAGCCCAAAGAUUAUUUUUUCACCACAAAUGGUAAGGGAUGCCCACCUACUUUUAUAAACACCACUAUAACUUAGCAAGUUUAUUUAUCUAUGUCCAGAUUUCUGUUUCUGUCCUAAACUGAUCUGUGUUUUUAGGUAGAUCAACUUGGAUCUUUAGACCUCAUCUAUAAAUUGGAAUUAUAUUUUUAGUCAUAAGCCAAGUAUAAUUUAACUCAGAAUGGGAUUAAAAAUUUUAGAAGCAGAAGCUAAUAUAUAAAUGAAGCUUGGGAUUUGGAACUUUCUGUAUCUCUUAGGAGGAACAAGUAAAAACCAAAUGGUUACAUUGUGCUGCUAGAAAUAAUGUCAUUCUCAAUUAAAAGGGUUACACCUGUAGCCACUUGACACUAACACCAUCGGGGGGCAAUUAAUCAGGAAAAAAGUAAAUAUAAAAACUUUCCUCUUAACUUCACACACUACAGGGUAAUUAUGUAAUUCUCUAGCACUCAAUUAAGAAGCUUGUAGGUUAGCAAAGUUUCAGUUUCUCUAGUUCAGCCAGUAUCUUGUCCUUAGUAAUUAUUUGCUUUCCCUGCAGUUCAGUUUCUCCUUGGAACUCUUAACAGGACUAACUGGAAAAAUACUUUGACCAUAGCUCUAGUACUUUCAAAUAAAUUCAUAUCUAGAUUUUCAAACAAAGCCCCAAGAUGAAGUCUAAUUCUGAAAAUAUCUCAUAAUUUUUGAAUGUUCUUUUUAUCUUAUCAACCUAACUUCUCUUCUCCCUCCCAACUUGGCCUCCCACGCCUUCCAUUUCAUUUUGGUCAUUAUAAUCACAUCCAUUUGGCUUUGGUUAUGACAUCUUCCCUUCAGGAUGAUGGAAUUAGAUAUGCAGCCUGUCUUUGAGUGAGACUGGUCACCAUCAAAGGAGUUUUCUCUAAGGGACGUGACUAGAAGUUGAAAUCUACUUCCCUGCUAAAGGGCACAAGGGUGGUGUACCAAGAAAGCUACCUUCCCAGAGCAAGCAGGCUGCAUUUUAGCUAUGGAAGUGACCUGCUGUGACACUGUGCUGUCUUCUGUGGGCUUAAUGGCUCCUUCGCUGUGAAGUGGCAAAUUGCAUGUAGAGUGUCUCCUUCCUUUUCAGAGAACAGUUAAUCAAGGCAAAUCAGCGAGCCCCCAAAGUGCUGUAAUUUAACGUCGUGAUUACUACCUUCUAAGCUAUAUAUUUUGCAUACUUUAAAAUCACCUAACUUGGACUGCUUGAAUUAUAUUGACUUUUAGAACUGAAAUUGUAACUAUGUAUUAUAUUAUAUUAUAUUGCAUGGGAGGUAUAUUUCAUAAGCUUUUUGGCUUUCUUUUUUCCCACAGCAACUUCUAAUGACUGUUAGGAAGGAUGAAUCCCCUUUUUAAAAAGUUUUUGUUGUUAUUUGGUUUUGGGGUAGGAGAGAGGAUCUACUGUGGUAAUAGAGAAGUCCGUUUAAAAAUUAUUUUUAGAAGCUAAGGAAAGCAAUUAUGCUUCCUGUGAAUUGUCUUUUACUGGCAUCUUUUUUUCCUCUUUGAUGUUAGUAAAUUUGGUGUAAUACAUUGGGGCUUCCAUAUUUCAAAGUGGAAGCUUUCUUCUCUGAAGUCAAUGUAUGGUUUUGAGUUACUAGAGCUUUGGUCAGUAUUUCCUUCCCUGUAUGUCACAGAGGGCACCAUUGAGAACUGUGUGCAUAGGACCUCAAAAUACAAAAUUAGCAGGACCUUACAGUCAGCUUCCUAAUGGCUAGUUUUUCCCCCUUAUAUUACAAUUUUUGUUUUAUAAAUCAUUUUUUCCCUGACAUUUCCACCACUUUUCAGUCAUCUGCAAAAUUUUUCUUUCCUCAAGAGUUCCUUUUGCCUUGUUCCUUAUGCCUUUCCCACUGGUAUUGAGGGUUUUGAUAAUAAAUUGGUAGGAAAAAAAGUUCCUCCUAGAAGGAAGCCUUCCCCGCCAUUUCCAGGUGCCAACUGCUAAGCAGAUAUACUCCAAAAAUGGUAACUGUAAUAUGCACACUGUUGGUUAUUUUUAAUAAGCCUCUUCCUACUAGAACAUUUUAUUUUCCUUGUUCACCAUACAAUCAUGUACUCUUUAACAGAAAUUGCUUUUAAAAAAUACCUGGAACUAUCUUUAAAAAAACUUUAUUAAUAAUCAUGUAUUUUUACUGAUCACAUUUUGAAAUGCCUAAAAGACUUUAUUGUUCUAAUUAUCCAGAUGUACCUUUGUAAAAUAGCUCUUUUAUGAAUUAGCUGAUAAGGCUGUAUGUUUCUGGAACAAAAUAUUGGUCAUCUAAAAACUUUCUGUUUUCUGGGGUCUGGGAAAAUAGAAAAUAAGAGUUCAAAUAUUAAAUAAGCUUAAAGGAACCAA